AUGGAGUUUUUCAGCAGUGGAAAAUUACUAAAAAGAUGGAAUCAUACAUUGAUAGCACUUGUCCCCAAGUCAGCGCAUGCCAGGAAGGUGACAGAUUACCGUCCUAUCUCUUGUUGCACGGUGUUUUACAAGGUCAUAUCUAAACUACAGGCAGCCAGGAUUUCUGAUACAUUAGACAACAUUCUACACCACUCAAAGAUUGCUUUUGUGCAGGGCCGACUCAUUACUGAUAAUAUACACUUGGCUCAGGAGCUCUUCCGAAAGUUUAACAGGAAGCGUGUUUCUCCCAGAUGCAUUAUGAAGAUUGACCUCCAAAAGGCGUUUGAUUUGGUGCAUUGGGAUUUCUUGCAUGAGGCACUUAUCGGACUGAAUUUUCCGGAGCAAUUCAUUGCAUGGAUCAUGGAGUGUGUGACUACCACCUCCUUUUCGUUAGCCAUCAACGGUGGGACUUUAGGACUUUUCAGAGGGACCAGAGGACUGAGGCAGGGGGACCCACUUUCACCCUACUUAUUUGGAGUUUGGGGAGGCGGCGGCAGGACUUCAGGUGAACAGACUGAAAUCGAAUAUCUAUCUGGCUGGAGUGGACGACACGACACGCAGGAGGCUGUUGUCCAUCACGGGCUUUCAGGAGGGCACUAUGCCCUUCAAGAUACCUCGGGAUUCCGAUGGCUGCUGAGCGUCUUCAGAUUGCAUAUUACAGCCCGUUACUCGACUCAUUGGUCCGUCGGAUCAACAUCUGGCCGCAGAAGACACUAUCAUAUGCCGGCAAGGCACAACACAUUAUUUCUGUGCUUCAGGGAGUGGAAUGCUUCUGGUUAUCCAUCAUGCCACUACCACAGGGUCAUUGAUCGCAUCUACAGCAUCUACAGGUCAUUCAUGUGGACAUCAAAACAUCCUCCAAUAUCAUGGGCAGAUAUGUGUAGACCGAAGGAAGAAUCUGGCUUGGGAUUCCGAGACUUAAAAGCAUGGAACUUAGCCCUCCUGACUAAGGUACUAUGGCAGAUUCAGGCAAAGGAGGACGCACUUUGGAUAAAGUGA